CAACUAUCUAUAAUUUGAUUGUAAAUUAAAAAAGUAUAUUUAGUCAGAUAGUAGAAGAAAAAAAUUAAUUAAAAACUAGAAGUAAAGAUAAGAGAGUAGGAUAGAUAUAGUAAAAGUAAUGAGCAUUCUUAAAUUCGAUUUAUUUUCUUCUGAAUUUAACUUUAAUAUGGGAGAAGGAAGAUAUAAAAGAGGAACUUGUUUAGGUUUGUCUUUAUCUGUGGUAACUGUUGCUAUAGUUCUCUUUUAUAUAUUUUACAUAUUUAAUUAGUAUUUUAGUAAUUUGAUUGAUCCAAAAUUUAGAUCAUAGAGUUUCAUCACAAGCUUUAGGAAAGAAGUACCUUUAAGCUAAGAUCUUAUAGGGUUUUAAUAAUUUUACAAUUUAUCUAUGACUUUGGAUGAAUAUCAGGCUUCACAGAAUAAAACCUAUGUUGUGUAUUAUCCUUAAUUUUAUUACUAAGACUUGAAAAAUCAGAUUUACUUAACCAUCGAUCUUGAUGUUGUUAAAUGUACUGACCCUUCACUAAAAGGAUUUAACUGCAUAGAUUUUUCCUAAGUAAGCAAUUACACUUUUUUACUUGAUAACAGUAAUGACAAUUAAAUUUAUUCUGGAAUUUACAUAAAUAUGUAUGGAUGUUUAGAUUUAGAUGUUUAAAAGACAACUAUUCCAGAUAACUGUGCUUCAUAAACUGAAAUUGAUAAUGCUAUUAAUAAUUUAGGUUCUUAUUAUUACCUAAAACUUAAAACAUAAUAAUACAACACUACUUCUAAAUAGAUUCAAACUAAUUAUAGAAGUAUAUAUAAUUAUAUAUACUCUAAUUAAUAUACUAUCAUUACUCUCAAUACCUAAAUAUAGGAAACAAAAGUUAACUUAGGUUUAUUAUAUCAGAAUGAGCUUAAUUUUUAGUCUCCAAUACAAUAUAAUUAAAUAAGUUAAAGUUUUGAUAGAUAAUUUUCUUUAAAGUAAGGAUUUGGUCCAUACUAUUAAACGAUGAUAUUUAUGGAUGAAAUUGUUUAGUAAUUCUAAAUUUAGUAUCCUACAAUUACAGAAAUUCUGGCACUAAUAAAUGGGGUUGCAGCAUUAGUAAUGAUUGCAAGAUUUAUUGGUAGAUUUUAUUCAUAAAAGCUUAUUAAAUAAGACUUCUUUAUGCUUUUGCUACAAAACAUCUACUCAGAUAAAUACGAAAAAAUACUUGAGCAUAAUAAUCUAAUUGAAAAAAAGGAAGAUAUUUCAUAAUAAAUUAUAAAUUUAAAAUAAUCAUCAGACAUUAUCUCAGAAGAGUAUUAGAAUAAAAGUGAAAUGUUGGUUCCUACAUUCCCAGCUAAAUUUAGAGAUACUCCAGAAAAAAAUAUAUUUCCUUCUAAGAACAAUUAAAAUAAUAAUAGCAACAAUUAUUGUAAUGACUCUUCGCCCUUAUAUAAAUAGAGUAAUAUACUGAUUGAAGAUUUUGACCUAAAAGAUGAAAGUUACAUGUUUUCAAAGAAAUAAAACAUUAGCACUUAAAAAAGUUUUAUAAGUAUAAACAAAAAUCAAAUAAAAAUGACUAAUAGCCAGAUCCAAACAAAUUCUAAAAAGACAUUAUUUAAUUAAGCAAAAUCUGCUUUUAACGGAUCAAUCAUUGAAACUCGAAAAAAAAACUAAAACAAUGACACUUUAAGCUUAGCUGUUUCUUAAAAGUUAAAAGCCAUUCAAAAUAAACCAACUAAACAAAUGAUUCAAAAUAUUUUAUUUAAAUUUUAAUUAUAUAGAUCUAAAGAUUUUCUUAAAUCUAAAGGAUUAGAUCUCAAAAUUUUAAUGAAUGUUGGAUAAGAGGUCAAUAAAAAUUUAAAUAUAUAUGAAUUAUACAAAGACAUCAUUUUUUUAAAAAAAGCAAUCUCAAUUCUAUUAACCAAAGAUUAAUUAGCUGCUAUUCAAUUUGUAGGUCUCACAGAAAAUGUACUGAAUCUUGACUUUGUGAAAAAUAAGUUUUCAGAUGAUUAUCAAAAAAUAAAAGAGAAGCUUAAUUAUUUUGAAAAGUAAUUUUGCAUAAUGCAAUCUUAACAGUUACAGGAAGAAUAUAUAAAAAAAUUCUUUUUUAAAUACUAACUGAACAAUAAUAAAAAUGAAAUUAAUAAUAGAAUUAUUUCUUCUAUUUUUAAAAAAAAUUAGUGAAUGUUUGUUUUUUAAUUAUUUUUUUGUAAAAGUUUAAAUUAAAAAUUAUAAAAAAAUUAACGAAG